AUGAACAAUAAAAUAAAAAUUAUUAGUUGUUUCUGUCUUGCCGCUUCGGGCACGUACUACCUUUAUGUACAUAAAAGGGGGAAGCUCAUGUACAUGUUAAAAUGUAUUUUAUUUUUAAACAAUGGGAAGAAGGACGGAUCGACUGAAAGAACUUUGCUUGUAAACAAUGAGAAGAACGAUGGAAAGUCUACCUGUAGUGAAAAUGUUAUUUUAAAUGAAAGUACAUCUAUUGUAAGUACAGACAAUGAAUCUAAUUUUAUAGGUGAACAUAAUAUUAUUAAUGAUGGAAAAAUAGUGCUAAAAGAUUUAAGUGGGAACAGUUUAGAUAAGAACAUUUUACAUGAUGAUGGUUUGGAUAACAACGACAUAAGCACGAAUAAGAGAUGUUUUUCAGAGGAUGAUGGAAGUACACUGACAGACGUAGAGGAUAUUAGUAAUAUAAACGAUAGAAGAAGUUUUAAUGUGGUUCAAAUAAAAAAAAAAAAAAAAAGCAUGCGUAAUAACUGCGGUAAUAACGGCAGUAAUAGUGGCAGUAAUAGCAGUAGUAGUCGUCGUAGUAAUAGGAAGAGCGGUACAAAUUUUAGAAGACAUGAAAAGGGAGAGGACUCAAGGGAAAAUAGAUGUAUAGUGGGGAAAUACGAUGAAGAGAAAGAGGAAGAAGAAUAUAGGGAGAGGAAAAAAAAAAAAAAAGAAGAUGAUAAAGGGGAAGAUGACACGUCCAACCCGUUAAACAUUUCCACCCCUUUUAACGAGAGCAGGGUGAUACUUCCAGAAAAUUAUAAAAUAUAUUUUAAAUCGUUUGGAUGCGCUCAUAACAGUUCGGAUUCGGAAUUUAUGAUGGGGCUAUUAAGUAAUUACGGUUUUCAGUUUGUUAAAAAUAUUGAGGACUGCAAUAUUUGUAUCAUCAAUAGUUGCACAGUGAAGAACCCAAGUGAAGAAAGUAUGAAAACGAUUAUUAAUUAUGUAAAUAAGUUAAACAGGUUGAAUAGUAGUGAUACCAAUAUGGGGAGUGUAAACAAACAAAAAGCGCACAAAAAAAAGCAACAAGGAACACAAAAAGGAGAACAAAAAGGAGAACAAAAAGAACAAAAAAAAAAAAAAAAAAAAAUAGACGAAUUGAAGUAUGGAAGUGAAGGACAUUUAGAAUACUUGUCGACCUCAUCCUCGGGGUUAUCCGAUUUUCCUGAAUUUUCCAACUUUUUGGGUGUUUCAAAUUUUGACAAAAUUUCGGAUGAUAAGAAAGGUGAAAGUGAAAAAAUGAGGAGCACUUGUGGAGGUGAAAAGAAUGAUGGCAUAUAUACUGAGAAAAUCAACAAGGAAGAAUGUUUAUGUACUAUGAAAAAGGAGGACACAGACAAAGCAAAUGAUUUAAUUUGCCAUGAUAGAGGAAAUAAACUGUUUGGAAAAAAUGAAGAGAGGAAGGAAGACACUAACAUGUGUGGAAUUAGUUUAUUGGUGGAAGGUGAAAAAGAAAACAAGCUGAUUGAUAAGCGGCAUACCGCUAAUAAGCGGAACAAUAACGAGAUAGCACAAAACUGCUCACCCUGGAGAGAUAUUAAAAUAAUCGUGUGUGGAUGCGUUCCGCAGGCCGAAAAAGACAUGGAGAUAUUUGAAAACAUUUCGCUAGUUGGCGUUAAUAAUAUUGACAAGAUAGUGGAUGUUGUAGAGAAUGUAAUUAAAGGUUAUCAUGUCAAAUAUUUGAAACAAUCGAAAAAAAUGACUUCAUUAAAUCUUCCUAAGAUAAGAAAAAAUAAAUAUAUUGAAAUAAUAAAUAUUAAUAAUGGGUGUUUAGGAAAUUGCACAUAUUGUAAAACAAAAUUUGCAAGAGGAGAUUUAGUUAGUUACAAUAUAAGUGAUAUUGUUAAUAGAAUAAAAUAUGUAUGUAGUGAAGAAAAUAUAAAAGAAAUAUGGUUAACGUCGGAAGACACAGGUGCAUACGGUAUAGACCUAGACCUAAAUAUUGCCAUUUUGUUAAAACAAAUUUUAGAGUGCGUUGAACAUGGAGAUGUAAUGAUACGACUGGGUAUGACUAACCCGCCUUAUAUUUUAAAACAUGUUAAAGAUAUAUGUAAUUUAUUAAAACAUAAAAAUAUGUAUGAAUUUAUUCAUAUUCCUGUUCAAAGUGCUAGUAAUAAUGUUUUAAAAAAUAUGAACAGGGAGUAUAAUAUUGAAGAUUUCAUAUAUGUAGUAGAAAAUUUACGCAAACAUGUACCUAAUAUAACUAUCUCAACAGAUAUUAUAUGUGGAUUUCCUUAUGAGACUGUAGAUGAUCAUAAUGAAACUAUUCAUUUAAUUAAAAAAUAUAAAUUUCCUAUUUUAAACAUCUCACAGUUUUAUCCUAGGAAAGGUACUGUAGCAUAUAAUAUGAAAAAAAUUAAUACAAAAAUUGUUAAAAAUAGAUCUAGAGAAGUAACUGAUGUUUUUCUUUCUUAUAAGAAUAAUUAUGAUUUCUUACAAGGGACUAUACAAAAUGUUUUGUUUACUGAACUGUCAUCUAAAAGUGAGCAUAUAAUAGGACAUACAAAACAGUAUGUCAAGGUAUUGCUAUCAAAUAAAGAAAAUCAAAAUAUUCAUUUAUUAGGUCAUUUCACUUCUUGCAAAAUUGUUUCAACGCACAAAUGGCAUGUAGUUGCACAGUUAGUAUGA